CGACAAAGUUGACACGUUUCGCGCGCGACUCACGGACUCAAAUUUUAUCAGCAUCUCCCCUAUCAAGCACUAUCAAGCAGAAGAACAACAGACAUACGGAUUCUUGAUGCAAGAGUGCUGGAAUUUCACAGUGUUAUCAACUCAUUUUUGUGCAUAGAUUUUGUGCAUGGUGUUUGUGAUUUUGUGUGAAAGUGUGUGUGCUAAGCAGAUAAGCCAAAUUGGGGCAAUGUGCCAUUUCUGGUCAGACAAAUGAAACUAAAGUUUGCAUAAUAAUAAAGUACCCAAGUAACCGCAAGGUGCAAAAGUGGAUCUUAAAUUGAGGGCAAUCAAUCAGCCAUCAUAAGUAUAGACAGUGAAUUUCAACAACGUCCAAGAUUCAAGAAAACCAAAGGACUUGGAACUUUUCCGCGAAAUGAUGACAAACUAAUUAAUGUGCAGCCAAGACACAAACACACACCCAGUUAAAAAGCCACACAAUAAAAAUUAAUUAGAAAAUAUUUCACAUCACAUAGCAACCAAAAUAGAUUACAUAAAACAGAACAAAAGAUAAAACUGCAAAAAAAAAAAACGAGAGGAAAAGAGUAAAAAAAAAAUGCUUGCGGCAUGACGCUUAAUUUCUAAUUAGAAACAGCAGAAGCAGUUGAAAAUAUUUGAAACUAAAAUAAACUGUAAAUUACACAAAGAGCGAAUAUGCAAAGUAUGUUGGCGCUUAACCAAAUGAAAACUUAAAACGAACAACCCGCAAGCAACCAGCAAACAGCAAGCAAGCAACGCAAAAGGAGGAGGAGUUGCCAACAGAAUAGACUAGAAAACACCGGAGAAAGCAAGGGUAGAGGAGUAGGAGAACGCAAAGUACACUAUAUUAAUUACACAACUGAAAUUUAAUAACAAAACCACGCGCAUAUUGAGGGUCGACCUGCGACGACGUGCAGGCGGAGGCAAAACAAUGAAAAUGAAAAUAAUUUCAUGUAGCAUACGUCACGGCGCGGACGCCAAGCGUGCAACAGUGAAAAUGAAUUGGCCCAUUCUGAUUGUAAUUAGCCUGGUGUGUCUGCUGCAAGUGCAAACCGGAGCCCAAGCGGAGGCGGCCAUUUCGAAUAGAGGAGGCAACUCCAACAGUCGUUCCAUGAACAAUGGCCAACAAUCAGCGGUGGCUGCCUCAUCCUCUCUAACCGCACCGCAACCCCGUUUCCUAUCACGUGGCCACACCUAUCGGGCUGUGGUCGGCGACACGCUUGUUCUACCCUGCCAAGUGGAAAAUUUGGGCAAUUUCGUUUUGCUUUGGCGUCGUGGAGCAAAUGUUCUCACCGCCUCCAACAUUAUGGUUACCAGAGAUGAGCGCGUAAGACUGAUAGAUGGCUAUAAUUUAGAGAUAUCCGAUUUGGAGCCGCAAGAUGCUGGGGAUUAUGUUUGUCAAAUCAGUGACAAAAUAAAUCGUGAUCAAGUGCACACAGUUGAGAUAUUGGUGCCGCCCAGUGUACGAGCCAUUCCCACCUCUGGACAGUUGCAGGCCCGCAAAGGGGGGCCCAUUACAUUGGAGUGCAAAGGAUCUGGUAAUCCGGUACCAUCCAUUUACUGGACCAAAAAGAGUGGAGCUGGCAAAUCAACGGCCCGCAUUGGCGAUGGCCCCAUUUUGACUCUGGAGAAAUUGGAACGCCAACAGGCUGGAGUCUAUCAAUGCACCGCCGAUAAUGGUGUGGGUGAUCCGGUUACCGUUGAUAUGCGUCUCGAUGUGCUAUAUCCCCCGGAUAUACAAGUGGAAAAGUCUUGGAUACACUCGGGCGAGGGAUACGAGGCGAAACUCGUUUGCAUUGUAUACGCUGAUCCAGUAGCAACGGUGUCCUGGUACCAAAACUCAUUUCCGAUACAAACGACCGAUAGACGAAUAAUGAACACAAGAGGCAAUCGACAUACUCUCACCAUACGCCACAUUCAGCAGGAGGACUUUGGCAACUACAGCUGCGUGGCCGAUAAUUCUCUGGGACGUUCCCGUAAAUAUAUGGAAUUAUCUGGACGCCCGGGACCAGCUGAAUUUUAUUCACCCAAAUGGGGACGUUCCUCUGAUAGCUACAAUCUGACAUGGAAAAUCGAUAGCUAUCCGCCACUGGAGGAGGUGCGUCUCCUCUAUCGCCGCGUGUUGAUGAACGACACAUUCCAGCAGCCGGGAAGAUGGCAUGACUUUAUACUCACACCAGAGCAUCGACCAGCAUCGGAACCCUUGACACACAUCAUGUCAUACACCAUUAAGAAUCUACAUCCAGGUGCUUACUAUGAGGCAAUUGUACAGGCCAAGAAUCGCUAUGGCUGGAAUGAGGUUAGCGAUAUAUUUCAAUUUAUUGUCGCCAGCAACAGCCUGGACAUUGCCCCCGAAGAUGCGGAAGUGGUGGCCAGCUCCAAGUCGCGCAGCAAGAGCGCCGGCACAGGCAUCACCAGUCAAUGUCUGAUACUCCAUAUGGCCCUGCUGCUGGGUUUAGCCUUGAGUAAUUGUCGACUCGGCUUGGGGUAAGCGAAAAGAUGCCACAGCAUCAACAGCAGCAGCAGCAGCACCAAACAUCAGUAAAGGGGACUGAGAAGCAGCAAAAGCAUUUCGGGGGAAAAAACUAAGCAAACACAAAUCAGAUAAAUGAAAAUCGGAUAAUAUCGAAAUAUGUUCGCUUACCUUUUCUAUGGCAUUUAAGUGAAAAUUUUCGAUUUGAAUUUAAGCAAAAGCUUAACUCGAUUCAGCAUAUUAUCUGUGUCCCCACGUCCCAAUGAUCCCCCUUCCCAAGGCCAACAGAAAAAAAAUGAAAGAGCAAAAUGAAUGCAACAUUUAUGCAUUAAAAUCCAUGUAAAUAAUAUUUCAAGAGUUUUUGUCAGCGAUUUAAUUAGUACACCUAAACUGAAUGAGAAAAACCCACAAAUAUGAUAAAGAGGACAACAAAAAAAAAAAAACAGAGAAAAAAAAGGAAAAUGGCAAAUGCGAAUGCAAAUGCUAAUCCACACCCGAAUCCACUUUCAAUUGAAUCCAACCCCAACCAAACCCCAUCCCAACCCAAUCCAAUCCAGUCCCAUAGCAUAGCAUAAGCCACUCGAAUUAGGUCAUGUAAAUAUGCAUUAGAUAUCUGAAUGUGAACUACAUUUUACUUCAUAAUAAAAAAACAAAAAACAAAAAAAUAAAUGAGAGCGUAUAUUACAACAAGUACAUCUAGUCCAUACGUACUUAUAUUUAUGUGUAUGUAAAUUAAGUGAAUAUUUUAUAGUGAUAUUAUUUAGUUUGAAAAUUAAAUCAUGAACCCAAAACCAAACCAA